UCGGCGUUCAGGGAGUUCAUCCGGUUCCGGAGGAGUUCGUAGCAGAGCAGUUGCGAUCAGUGCUUUCCGACAUGGAAGUCGAUGUUGUGAAGACAGGUAUGCUCCCUUCGGUUGGAGUAGUUAAAGUUUUAUGCCAUAGUCUCAAAGACUUUCCUGUUCGAGCUUUAGUGGUGGACCCAGUUAUGGUAUCUACAAGUGGGGAUAUCCUUUCUGAACCAUCUACCCUUGCUGGCUAUCGGAAUGAGCUUUUUGCGAUGGCUGAUAUUGUUACCCCAAAUUUGAAAGAAGCAUCAGCUCUGCUUGGGGGUGUGUCAGUGAGAACAGUGGCUGACAUGUGUUCUGCAGCAAAAUCCAUACAUAAUUUAGGUCCUAGAUAUGUGCUUGUGAAGGGUGGGGAUUUCUCAGAUUCGUCAGAUGCCAUUGAUAUACUCUUUGAUGGAGAAGAAUGUCAUGAGCUAUAUGGGGCACGCAUAAAGACUCGGAACACUCAUGGAACUGGGUGCACUCUGGCUUCAUGUAUAGCUGCAGAGCUAGCAAAAGGUACUCCGAUGCUGCAAGCUGUUCAGGCAGCCAAGGCCUUUGUGGAGACUGCUCUUAAUUACAGCAAGGAUAUUGUCAUGGGGAGUGGACCUCAAGGACCUUUUGAUCACCUAUUCAGGCUUAAGAGUCAGAAUUACAAUGUAGGCCAGAAACUACAAUUUGAUGCAAAGGAUCUGUUUUUAUAUGCAGUCACUGACUCUGGAAUGAACAAGAAGUGGGGUCGUUCGAUUACAGAUGCUGUUAAAGUUUCCAUUGAAGGAGGUGCCACGAUUAUUCAGUUGAGAGAAAAAGAUGCUGAAACACGAAAUUUUGUGGAAGCAGCUAUGGCGUGCAUGGAAAUUUGUCGGUCCCAUGGUGUGCCGCUGCUGAUCAACGAUCGGGUCGAUGUUGCCCUUGCUUGUGAUGCUGAUGGUGUGCAUGUGGGACAAUCCGACAUGCCAGCACGAGUUGUUCGCAGGUUAUUGGGACCACGAAAGAUCAUCGGUGUCUCCUGUAAGACCCCAGCUCAAGCAGAGCAGGCCUGGAUCGAUGGUGCCGACUACAUUGGCUGUGGUGGUGUUUUUCCAACUACUACAAAGGAAAACAAUCUUACUGUCGGGUUGAAUGGCCUGAAAGCCGUUUGUUUGGCCUCCAAAUUGCCAGUGGUUGCAAUUGGUGGUAUCGGUCCUGGUAAUGCUCGUUCAGUGAUGGAAAUCGGUGUCCCGAAUCUGAAAGGUGUUGCUGUAGUGUCUGCUCUAUUUGAUCGUGAGUCUAUUGUUAGCGAAGCCCAAAGGCUGAGGUCGGCCUUGAUGGAUGCAUCAUCAAGGGCUAGGUUAUCAGUUUGAGCUCCUAGAAACACAGCUUAUUUAAGAGGACUCAAGUUCUGUAUCCGUUCAUCUUUUGAUGAGUAUUGGAAAUAAUAUCUGGAAUUAAAGUUCCUGCGUAUAAUGUUCAAGUGCUGCUCAUGUAUACAUUAUAAAUUACCAAUUAAAUUUUCAGUGCGGUACAUGGAGGAUGUUUUAUUGC